UUUUGUUGAGUGAAAAAUUAAAAUUAAUUAUACAUUUGAAGGUAUUUCUAACUUAGAAUGGGUAAAAAAGUGUUUAAAAUGACGUGAGAACAUCAAAAAGUGUCUAUUGAAACAGCAGCAUAAGCGUUACAGUGCGAGCCCAUCCUCAAUUCCGGGCCAGAGUGUGAGUUUGUAGUUAAAACAAGAGAGAGACAAGAUAAUGGAGUUAUCUUCUAUUAAGAUGUUCUUUAGCAUGAAUUAUUUUAAGAACACUGAUGAUGAGAAAACCUCCAAUGAAAUGGAGGAUACAGUAAUUGUGCAAAAAGAUGAGACUAAGGAAAUUAAUUUUGAUCGCGCUGAGCCAGAUUCUACGUCAAAACAGUGUGGCACAAGCUCAAAUCUGCCAGAUUCAGAAACAUCUCAGAAAAACUGCAUGUCUGAGUCUGACGUAGCUCUAAGCAGUGAAGGCCCAAGUAACGAGCAGAAAACCAAGAAACUAAAACUAGAUAUAAAUAAAGCAAGGCUCCUGUGCGAAGCGAUAGAUGAUACGGAUUCGAGCCCGUCCAGCAACGUUGAAAACACACCCAAACAAGUUUGGCUUAAAAACGAAAGUGAAGACGGGUUCAAAUUCCGCAGUCUUGACUUUGAUAAGUCUUAUGACAUAUACGAAAUGUCUGAGAGCUCAUCCCUUGUUGAAGAAGAGAACCUUGAUGAAGAAUCGUCGGACAGGUCAGACAUAUCAGUAAUAUCGGCUGACAACGAAGAAAUCAAGAUGUGUCGUAAAGUGGAACCGGAAGCAACAGAAGACUAUCAGCGAGUACAAUCGGCCAGUGCUGAGCCGUUUGCGGACAUAGAAGUUGAGAAAAAUGAAGAAGAACGCAUCAUGAUGCUGUUGGAAUACCAAAUGAACCUGCAAAAGUUAGAUUGCAUACUCAAAAAAGUGCUUUCAGAGUUCCAAUUUCAAAUCGAAGUAUCAAAAGUGUUCCAUUGCCGUUCCAUCGUCACCACGCUGCCUGGAACUGACAUCACUAACAUCCCAAAUACGUUGGGCGAGAUCACAUACAUUGACAACUUAGACCGCGGUGUUAGUCCGUCUGGGUCAUGGAAUAUCGUCAUGGAAAAGGAAGACGACGAUGCGAAAUUAAAAUUAAAAAAGCAGCUAUCUUCUAUGAAGCACUGCAUUGACGAUUUCAUAGACACUUAUCUUCAAAAGCAGAAGAAAUGCAAGAAGUUUUUACCCAAAAACAAGAAAAAGUUCAAGUAUUUCGAUUACCCGGACUACAGAGACGCUAUGCUCAGUCUAUUCUCCCCAGAACAUAUGAAAGAGGAUACUAACGUCACGAACGUUACCAAAAUGAGCGAUUACGACGAACACGACGCGCCUAAAUGCGUCUGCAGGUGCCAGCUACACCGAUCCCCAUCUACGCCCACUGAUUCUGGUCUUACCACUAAAAACGACCGAUCUAUAUCCAGUCAGUCAAUAACCUCUUCAAUCGGCAACUUCAGUCUCGAUUCAUCCACUCUGACCGCCUACUCCGAGUCCCUAGACCAGAUAGUGAGCUACAAUAGCUUCCAAGACACAAGUUUCUACAGCACGUUGCUUCAAAAAGCUGCAAUCGAACGCAUAACAUUCUACGUUCAAGUGCACAGCAUACAGCUGAAAUGCGAGCCGUCUGAUCAGGAAUUCGAGUCAAAAAACGUCAUAACUUUCCAUUGUCCGGCUUGUAAAUCGCUAGAAAGCGAUGAGAAUGGUCUACUAAGACAUAUAUUGAGCCAACGUCACUGUGAGAAGAUUCAUUUUCUGUACAAGACUGCGUAUAUCAAGAAAUGCGUGUCAGCAGGCAAGGAAAUACAGCCCAGUACUGUGUUAAACCCUAUGAAGAUGUAUCGUGAUGAGAACAAGAUAGUAUGCUUUGGAGAUGCCAUGUAUGCUUGCUCGUUAUGCUUCGAGAACAUCAUCGUUGGUGAGUCCGUUCUCAUGGCACACUGCUCCGACCCAGAACAUGUGGAACGCAGAGAUAAAUUUUUCGAAAUCAUAGAAUAAGUGCAUGUUGCAUGAAUUAGUUCCUUGCUUUUAGUUUUCUUAGAAUGCUGGUGUCGUUACUAAAGAUUUUUCUCAAAUUAUAACUUUUUUGUCGAGUUCAUUGUGCCAUAUUUUUUAUCAAAAUAAUCAACAAAAAAGAGCCAUUCCCAUUUCGAAGGCACCAGUUUGUUUAGUGUAUUUCUAAACUAAUAGCAAGGGAUACAUUUUAAUCGUAAAAUAGGUAAUUUGUAUACUUACUUAUUUACUUUAUGAUAUCUUACAGUUUUAGCACUUUUUACUUACACACUUUUGGGUUGGGUCAAAACUUUUAUUACAUUUUUUUCUAACAUUUUACAUAUUUACUAAUAAAAAUUUAAAAAAAAUGUAGACAAUACUGUGCUAAAACUCUAAGGUUUCUCUAAUUUAUUUAUGUAAGUAGUGACAGCAAUUUUAUAAUUCCAUUAUUAUUGUUUUUUUGUACAAAAAUUAAUACUGAUCAGAUCUCAAGUUGAUUUAUUCAUAUAUUUUUGAUGGCCCUUUUUGUUCUUAAAAAGCGACCAAAGUUAGUCCAGUUAAGGAGAAAUGAAUUAGGUAUUUUAACCCCGUUGCUGACUUUUUAACGACCUUUACGAUAUUUUGGUUUAAUUUUAUUACAUUUACCCUUACACUUACCCUUACGAUAUUUUGGUUUUAUUUAUGCAUAAAUUCCAAAAUCAUGUUACGAAAAUUGGUGCUAAAAUCUCUUUUUGAAGAUUUCUUAGGUUCAAAUUGAAGUUGAGAGUUGAAUUGAACUAUUGUUAUUGAUGAGUUAAAACGUUUUUUUUAUCUGUCGUAAAUUAUUCACCUGAUAACGUUUUUUUUUUUUCAAAAAACUUUUUCAAUCCUAUGUUUAUGAAAUUGCCUACAUAGUUAAAAACAUAAAAUUAAUUUUUUUUUAAAACAUACAUUAAAACAUAAAAUUGUGAAUCUUAUUUUUUGUAUUUAAGGACAAAAUAGUCCUACAAUGAAAGCCAUAUUUAAAGUCAUAAUAGUGAGAAGCUGGAAAAGCUCCUCAAGCUACCAGCGCGCGUCCCUUCAAAAAAAAAAUGUAAAAAUUAAUGUAUUCUUAUAGAGUUAGGUUUUACAGGGCACUUAAUUCUUUUUCUUAAUCAAAUCAUUUUUCUGUUCCAUAUAAUUCAAUGGCCAAUACUCAUAUUAUGAAUCCCAGCUUAAAAACUCUGCUAGCAAUCACUAUACUAUCUUUAUUGAAGAAAAAUGUUUGUGAAAUCAAAUGAACUUUAAUGUACAUUCUUAUAAACUAUGCAUUAUUAAUUACAAAGUAUCAUAUCAAUAUAGAGUAGGUUGCCCACUGUUCUCAUUCUAAAUUAGGUUAAUAAUUAUCAUUAAUUAGCAAAUAAUUUACCAAACUACCUCUAGUAUUAUGGAAUUCUGUUUACAGUUCAUUUAAUUAAUUUAAACAGGUUUUAACGCGGAUAGUUAAACCUGUAUUUGCCUGGCUGUUAAUUGACUUAUUAAUUACUUAUUCGUAUACACGAGUUGUUAGAUUUAGCAUUUGUGUUAAUCUUUAAAUCAACAAAAAAAAUUUCUCGAUUUAAAAAGUACAUAAAUCUCGCCCUUUAUAUUCACCGCUGAGCUAUUAGCAAUUAUUAAAAUAUUUAGAAAUUGUUGAACAUUACCAUUUUAGGAUAAAAGAAAUCUCGUACUGGCUAUCAUGUUUUAGGUUGAAUCUCAUUUAGGUAUUUACUGAACUAGCAAGCCAUUGCUAAAUUUCAUCAUCCUUUAUUGCCAGAAAAAAAAGGGCCAGGCUAAUGGUAUGGCUCCAAAAUCUACCUGCAAACUUGCAAUUGUCGACGGGCCCCUGUACCAUUGUAAAAACUAUGGAAAAAUCCGUUUAUUUUAAACUAAAUUUUAGAAAAAGUGCGACAUUUGCCUCGGAGAUUGUAAACGAUUUGAGCCCAGGUAGACUGUUCUAACAAAGGACAGUGUAAGUGAAGCAAAAAAUCGGGUUUGCUUAUUUAGCUAAUAAAAACCUACCCUAAAGUUCUGCUACAUGUUUCAAACAAAAGAGACCCUCAUCAUUGUAAACUAGGGUCCCUUACAAUAACUGGUAAUUGUGUAUUUUACAUAAAAACAUGCCCGGUGUUGGUCAGUCCGCUCAUUUAUCUCGCAUAGAAAAAUGUCAUGUUACGGUUGGGACGGGCCAGACAACAUUUUUUUUACAUAUUUUUUCCAUUUGUUUUUGCAAAAUCACGUACCGCUGUUGAGUCGGUCAAGGAAUAGUUUUUUUUUUACAUAUUUUUUUAUUGAUUUUUUUUGGUAAAAAUGCAAUAACGUCGUUAGAAAGUCAGCAAUCGUCAUGGUGCUGUUAGGACACUGCCAAAAUUGAAGUGCCGUUGGAUUUAGUAAUAAAAAAAAGCCAUUGUGUUCAUAGUUUUCUGUCCAUUUCAUUGUCCUACUCUAGACAAUGUAGCCUAUACUUGUACUUUUUAUGUUUCACUCUCUUGUUAGAUAUUUUGGUUUUUUACCAAUCAUUUUGUAAUCGUACAUAUUUUUGAAAUAUUGGGAUGGGAUGUGGAAGACAAUAAUGGAAAAUUCGCACGCUAUUUUUUGUAACCACUUAUAGAUUUUUAAAUGAAAAUUUAUAUUUUACUAUACUACACAUUUAGAACUUGAGCAUAAGGCAGCUGAUUCAUAUUUUGAGUUCGAAAAAAAAUGAUUGUGCCUUUGAAAUUUAAAAUUUACAUAGCAAGAGAGUGAAACUUGGUUUGAUUUUAAAACAGGGUGUUAGUCUAGCUUUUUAGUUUUGUUUUGUACGUAAAUCUAAUAAGCUUAAUGUAGAGGUAGUCUUAGCAGUAAUUGCUUAUUCUGAGAUCUAAAGUAAAGAUACACUGUCUCAUUCUCCCUCUAUAAAUCGGAGAGGGACGGCGUACCUUUACAUUAUUAUAAUAACAAAUAAUCUCAGAAUAGCGUAGUAUCAACAUAAUUAUUGUCAAUCAAUAAUCAACGUAGCAAUAUUUUCGCUUGUUAUUCGUAACAGUAAAAUCUGAUCUCAAAAAAACCUUUAAAUCAUUUCAACAAGACUGAAUUCUGAGUCAUUCCCAAAAAUAAAAAGUUGGUUAGUGAAAAGAGGGCACAUCAAAAAAUUUGCAUUAAGAAUAGCUUUAAAAAUCUAAAAAACAAUAAGACAGUCUGAUGUGAUGAAUCAAUAUUAUUUUUAACUAACGUAUUUUUUAUUGCGAAUUUCGAUUUUUUCAUUUGCUAUUUAGUAAAGAGGUUGAAAAGUAUUUUUUAAACUUAUUGUUUUUUUUUUAACCAAAUAAUUGAUCAAAUUAUUGAUGUGCCCCUCUAAAACUUAAAACUCAGUUGCCGCCUAUGAAUGAAUAGUUAUAAUUACAUAAUAUUAUAAAUAUAAGCAAAAAUGAACUGAAAAUAUAGUCAUAAACACAUUAAUAGAAAAAUAAUUAAUUGUAAAAUAAUCGAAAAGAUACCUUUUUAAUUUAGUUUUUUGUAUUUUUUCCAGUUUUCUCACGGUGGAAAAUCAUUGUUAAAACCAUUAAUACAAUAGUUAUUACAGAUUAGACAAAAUUUACAAAAGUUUUAUUAAUAAUUUGUUGACCUCAGCAUUCCACAUCAAUAUUAUUAAUAAUAAUGUACUUUUAACAUUAAUAUGUAAAAGUAGGUAUGAUUAUGUAAUGCAUGUAUUCUAAUAUUAAUAUAUAACGAUUAUAGUAGAUGCUUUGGCCGUCAGAUGAGUUGUGAAGAUCAGGGAUUCCUAAAAGGUAUCAAAUUUAAAACAAGUAGUAUACAUAAAAAAUCUUAAAAUAAGUAAAAUUCGAACAUUAUAUUAAUAAAGUGUGUGUAUAAUAAUAGAUAUGUGUUUUUGAAGUAAAAAUAUAGUCUCAGAAUAGCAUAAACAAGUGCCCUGGACUUCACUCGAACGACGGUCGUAUGUGAAUGACGAAAAUACAAAAAAAGCUAAAAAAAAUAAUUUUGUAACUUAAAAAAGUCGUUCACAUACUUCAUCUUUAUUAAUAUUGUAUAAUAAGUUAAAAAAAUCUUAAAAAUACGCUAAAAUGUCAUUAAAACUUUUAGUUUGUAUCUUUUUGGUAUGGAAAUUUAGAAUUUAACUACUAAUGUCAAUUCCAUAUUUGAUUAAAGCAUUCAUAUUUUUAACCCUUUUUAAUCAUUUUUCCAUUUUUUUUACUCUUGAAUGCUUUUCUCAAAAAAAAUACCUCAUUCUCUCAACUUUCGAAAAUCAAAUAAUGAACUAAAACUAGGCAAUUUAAAGUGUUUGCACAAACUAAAGGGUACUUCUUAGGAUACUAAAACUUAUUCUGUGAUCAUACUGUUGAUAAUCCAAAAUUAUUGUUAUGAUAGUUUUAAAAAACAAGUAUGGCGACUUUACGAAACCAUUUUUUGACUUUUUUGUACUUAUGUACUUAAUUUCUGACAACUUCUUUACAACGAGUGGACAAUGCGAAAUAUUUUUAGUUGCAUUUGGUUUUAGUGACCUACUUUGAUAGAUUUUUUAAUAAAAAAAAUGUAAAAAGAAUUUAAUAUGAAAAAAUAAUUUCGCAUUGUCGACUUUUUUAAACUUUUCACUAACUCUUGUUAUUCUUUACUUUGACCUAUGUUUUUAAAUGACGAAGUUGGACUUGUUUAACUUUUUUUAUUAUUCACAUAUAUUUCAAUGGUUUUUUUAGAAUCGCCAUACUCAUCGGCCGAUUUGGUAAACUGUGAUUCUCAAAAACGUGUUCAUAUCAUAAUUAAUGCACACCGAUUUCAGACACAAAAAAAAUAUUAAAAGAAUAAAAAAACAUUUCUAUAUAAAAUAAUAGCUACUUACAUAAAUUACGUAUUAUUUGAGCCUCUACUUAAAAAUAAUGAUUGAUAUGUAUAUCACAAAAUGUUAUGUACAAAAAACUGUAACUAAUACAACUGGAUUUGUUAUGUAGAAAAAGCAGUAAAAAGUACACUUUUAUUAUUUGAAACGAGAUACAACUGGUUUGUUCUUAAAAAGUAGGUAGAUUUUAUUUUGUUUUAUUAAAAUUGUGUUACAUUAUGUUUUACAUUUUUUUACAUUUAUUGUGCCAGAGAUCGGUGUGUGUGUCUGUUGCUUAUUUUUUACUGUUAUCAUUUUCGGGUUAAAAUACACUGUUUUCGACUGAUUAAACGUGUGUGCAGUUUGGAA